UGACAUUUGAGACAGGACCGACAAGACGCAGGAAUCGUUACAGUAAAAUAAGAUUUUUAACAUUAUUGUUAUAUUUUUGUCCAUAAUGAAUUACUAAGUGUAUUCAAGCUUUACUGUUUGUCAAGUCUAUUACUUCUAAUUAAGUUAAAAAUGUUUUAUCAUAUAUCUCUGGAGCACGAAAUAUUGCUUCACCCUCGGUACUUUGGCCCUCAGUUAUUGGAUACAGUAAAACAGAAACUUUACACGGAAGUUGAAGGGACAUGUACUGGCAAAUAUGGGUUUGUAAUAGCUGUAACAACAAUAGAUAGCAUAGGAGCUGGAUUAAUACAGCCAGGGCAAGGCUUUGUAGUGUAUCCCGUGAAAUAUAAGGCUAUUGUGUUUAGACCGUUCAAGGGAGAGGUCCUUGAUGCAAUAGUUACACAAGUCAAUAAGGUUGGAAUGUUUGCACAGAUUGGUCCACUCAGUUGCUUUAUAUCUCAUCAUUCAAUUCCUGCUGAUAUGGAGUUCUGUCCGAAUGUAAAUCCCCCAUGCUAUAAAAGUAAACAGGAAGACAAUGUCAUACAGGAAGAGGAUGUAAUUAGACUGAAGAUUGUCGGCACACGAGUUGACGCCAGUGGCAUUUUUGCCAUUGGAACAUUGAUGGAUGACUACCUAGGACUAGUUACACAGUAAUUUAAUGAAUUCCUACAUUUAUAAAUAUAUUUUAUAAGUUAAACAAAUAAAAUAUGAAUAAAACCAA